AUGGCAAAUAUGGAAACACUCACUUCAAAGGAAAAUAUGGUGGAGAAAAUGGGGCACAAUAGGGUAUGCACUCACUGUGGCAGGACCAAUCACACCAUUGAGACAUGUUUUAUCAAACAUGGAUAUCCUCCAGGAUUUAAGGGCAAAGGUAAAUCUCCUAACUCAGCUUCUCAGUCUCAAUUUGUUACCUCUAUUAAAGUAGGUCAGGAAUCAUCACAGCAGAUUCCAUCUCAAUCCUUAUUUGGAUUCACUCAAGAGCAAUACCAAAACAUCCUGGAAUUACUUCAACAGUCCAAGACCAAUGCCAAAGCCAAUUCCAUAUCAACCUCUCCCUUUAUCCUAAACUCACAUUCUCAUACUGAUAAUGGUAAGAAUCCACAUCUCUGGAUUCUUGAUACAGAUGCCACUGACCAUAUAGCCUUUGAUAUAGAAAAAUUUAGUUCAUAUAAAUCUAUUAUACCUAUUCAUGUUAGCUUGCCCGAUGGAUCACAUGUGACUGCAUCUGUUUCUGGUAGUAUAGCCAUUUCACCUGCCUUAACUCUCCAUAAUGUCUUGCAUAUUCCUAGUUUCAAUUUUAACCUACUCUCCAUUGCUAAAUUGGCUCAUAUCAAUGAUUGUUAUGUACAUUUUACUAAUAAUUCUUGCCAAAUUGUGCAGAAUCAUUUCAAGGCAAUGAUUGGUACAACUAAGCUGCAAAGAGGUUUCAAGGAUGGCACAAAAGGCUAUAUCCUCUAUGAUCUUCAACAUCACAAUAUUUUUGUGUCUAGACAUGUCAUCUUUUAUCAACACUAUUUUACUUUCAAACUUGACAAGUCAAUUUCAAGUUCACAGCAUAAUCCAUCUCCUAGUCCCAUCUAUGAUGAUGAUUCUAAUGUUUCACAUCCUUAUCUUAGUUCUACUGAUAUGUCCAAUCCUUUUGACAAUAAUACACCAUCUACUAGCUUUCAGCAGCAGUCUAAUAGUAGUGGUCCUGAUAUUAAAAUUUUAAGUCCCCUAAGGCAACCUACUGAUACCAGACAAGACCUUCCUCCAUCCACCUUUGUCCUUUCUUUUCCUGUGGACAGCCCUAACUAUCUCAAUAGUCCUGUACCCUCUACCAAUAGUCCUGUUCCAUCCAACAUUUCUAAUUCUCCUUUGUUGUCUAAUUCAUUUGACAACCUGAAUACCACACAAAACUCUCACCAUAGUAUACCUCCUAUAUCUCAUGGUCUUAAUGAAGAUCCUUUGAGUCAUAUCUCCUAUAAUGUUCCUACUAGGCAAUCUACCCGAACUUCUAAUACACCUAGUUACCUUGCAGUCUACCACCAUUACAAUAUAUCCAAUAUCACUCCUAAGCCAAAACCUCACAAUCCAAACAUUACCUAUCCUCUAUCUUCAUUCAUUUCAUAUGAUAAACGUUCUCCCUCUUAUAAACACUAUUGUUGUUCCAUAUCUUCUAAUCUUGAACCUAAAACAUACAAAUAA